AUGAAUACACUUUCCCUUUUCAUUUUUCUGCUUCUUCUUUUUAGUAUUAACAGUGCUUUUGCCAGAGCCGAUCAUGGCACUUCAUACGCCACCCAAUGGUACGGCGUAUCCCCUCCACCACUUUACGGAAAUCCUCCCCCUCCAGUACAUAAACCUCCUCCUUCGCCCAAAUCGCCUCCUUGCGUUUCACCGUCUCCUCCUCAUCACCAGCACUCGCCGCCGCCGCCACAUCAGUCUCCUCCACCAACAACACAACCACCUCCUUCACCUUCACCGUCACCCCCAGUUUAUGGUUCUCCAUCAACUCCACCACCUUCACCUCCGACGCUUCGUCCCCCAACUCCAACUAGACCAGCUCACCCACCAUCGCCGCCGCAACAUAGACAUCCUCCUCCAUUGAAACCACCUUGUGCUUCACCACCACCUUCUCCAACAAGAACACCUUCACCUCCACCAGUUCAUAGACCUCCAACACCUCCUUCUCCUCCUACUCAUCAUAAAACUCCUCCUGCCUGUCCACCUAAACAAAGGCCUCCUCACUUUCGCCCACCAACUCAUAGGACCCCUCAUUCUCCACCACCAACUCAUAGCCCUCCACCCCCGACUCAUUCUCCACCACCAACUCAUAGGCCUCCUCAUUCUCCGCCACCAACUCAUAGCCCUCCACCCCCAACUUAUUCUCCACCACCAACACCAGUUCAUAGGCCCCCACCUCCAACUUAUACUCCACCACCAACGCCAGUUCAUAGCCCAUCACCUCCAACUUAUUCUCCACCACCAACACCAGUUCAUAGGCCUCCUCACUCUCCACCACCAACUCAUAGGCCUCCUCAUUCUCCGCCACCAACUCAUAGCCCUCCACCCCCAACUUAUUCUCCACCACCAACACCAGUUCAUAGCCCCCCACCUCCAACUUAUACUCCACCACCAACACCAGUUCAUGGCCCACCACCUCCAACUUAUUCUCCACCACCAACACCAGUUCAUAGUCCUCCACCAGCAACAAUUCAAAGCCCUCCGCCUCCAACUUAUUCUCCACCAGCAGCACCGGUUCAAAGUCCACCACCGCCAACUUAUUGUCCACCUCCUCCGACUUACACUCCACCGGCCACUCCCCCACCAGUAUAUCGUCCUCCUUCAAGCCCUCCACCUCAUUCUCCUCCUCCAUCCCCUACUCCUUGUCCACCAACACAAAGCCCGCCACAUUCUCCCCCACCAACCUAUAGGCCUCCAACACCAGUAAUGCAUCGUCCUCCACCGUCACCUCAGAGACCUCCUCUUUGUCCACCUACGCAAAGCCCUCCACGUUCCCCACCACCAACUUCACCACCUCCACGUGUACAUCCACCUCCUUCUCCUUCUCCAACUCCUCCAUCACCUCAUAAGCCUACUCCUUGUCCACCAACACAAAGGCCUCCAACACCAGUAGUUCAUCUUCCUCCACCAGCUCCCUCAAGCCCUCCUCCAAGCUAUGGCUAUGGAAAUCCUCCACCACCAAUUUCAGUGCGCAACUAAUUAAUAGAAAGUUUGAUAUCAAGUUGAUAACAACAUAGGGGCUCUUCUAAUAUGGAUAUCCUCCGCUUUUGUUAAACCAUGUUAUUGUAAUCCCUGUUUUAGAAUAAAGUAAGUAAA